GAAUGAUGGCAACGGAAGCCAUCAACAGUAACAGCGGACCUUCGUUAAAGGAACAGUACAGCAAAGCUAUAAGCAUAUACUCUAAACUAGAAGACUGCGGUCUUUCUGGUUCUGACCCUGAAUACCAGAAAAUGGUGAGCCAAGCAAUCGGUCUGUUUUCAGAAUGCAAGCAAAAGGUGGAGAGUUUGAGUCUGUUCAGCUCAAACGAAAUUCUAGAAGAUAUCAAUACUGGCGACCUAAGAUUCAUUUUACUAGAUGCCUAUCUUGGUGAAACCAUUUUGCAAGCUGUGAGUCAAGAUCGAGGAGCCGAUUUGUCAAAUGCAAAUGAACAUUUGCGUGCUUUUUUGGGACGAUUAGAGGAGUACGAAAUCCUCACCAAAUCAGACAAGCAGUAUCUGUUAUCAGAAUUGGGUCAACUGACUUUGAGUGCAGAUCUCAGGCGCAAUGAGAAAAUUGCACGAUUCAAGAUGGAGCGAGAUGUCAAAAUUCAGCUUAAAGCACUAACUGAGCAGCUCCAGCUUAAGGAUCAAAUGAAUGCAAAUUCAGGAGAGGUCGAUGUAGAUGAUGUGGAGCGUCAGAUUCUUAUGACCACUAUUCAACUGUUUAUCCAAAAGUCGAUUGCAUCAUUGAGGAUGAUCAAAGAUGAAAAGGAGAUGCUAGAGUUUGCUAAAAAAAGGAGUGAAACAGAGCAGAGAACGUCGAUGUCUAUAUCUGGUAGCUCCGCUGAUCGUGUCGAGUCUCGAGUUGCGCAUAGAAAGCUUGCAGAUCUGACUGGUCCCUUGAUGGAUGCAAAGGGCAAACCGCUGAGACCUUUUAUUGUUCGAAGCCAGCGCGAGGCUAUCAAGGAAAAUGUAUUCAAAUCUGGCCACAAUCUACCCACAAUGACUAUUGACGAAUAUCUUGAACGAGAGAUUGCUCGUGGCAACUUUUUAUCUGGCGGAACGGAGCGACCAGAAAAGGUUGUUGCUGCAGAUAAUGAUGAUGCUGCAAUUGAGGCAGAAAUGUACAAAGCCCGUGCGUUUGACGAGUUUAAAGACGAAAAUCCUCGCGGAUGGGGAAACCGUCAUAAUAAAGGAUGAUGAAUUAGCUGGCUGCCAUCUUGAU